ACUUCCGCUCACUGCCAAUCCAACAUGGCGCUGCUCUUAAGAACGUUGGCCCGUCAGGGUGUCUGUCUCUCCAGACCACAGUUCAGUGGCCUCUUCAGACAUGCUGCACCAAUGGGAACCACAGCGAAGGAUGAAAUGAACAAAUUUUGGGCCAAAAAUGCCAGACUAAACCGGCCUAUGUCUCCCCAUAUCACCAUCUACCAGUGGUCUGUUCCCAUGAUGAUGUCCAUCACACACAGAGGAACAGGAGUGGGGCUCAGCGGAGCUAUCUCGGCGUUUGCUGUGGCAGCGCUGGUUUUGCCCGGAAGCUACCCCCAUUACCUGGACCUGAUCCACUCUCUGUCCGUCGGACCCUAUCUCAUCGGGCUGGCCAAGUUCGGCAUCGCUUUCCCCGUAUCCUACCACACCUACAACGGCGUCCGCCACUUGUGGUGGGAUAUCGGCAAAGGCUUCAAAAUUCCAGAGGUGUACCGCACCGGUUACUUAGUGAUCACCCUCUCCAUCAUCACCUCCAUCGCCGUGGCAAUGCUCUGAGCUCAGGACGAGAAGUGACGAGGAGGAGGAGGAGAGGAAGAGGAGAGGAUGGAGACUGGAUGCCCUGUGGGAGUUUUGUGUAUAUGUUCUGUUCUGGCUGACUGCAGGCCUCAUUUCAUCAAAGUAUUAAAUAAAGGAUUAUAUUAUGCUGUACCCA